AAAAAGUUUUGCAAACGCAGCGAGACUCCGACGAGGUUCGCCCGGUAGUGUUGCUCGCAGGGUUGGAUUGCACGAAAGAGAGAAUGAGUACAUAUGAGAAUUGUGUUGACGGGGCGAUGGUGCAAACCGGGGGGGUUGUAAUAGUCCGGGAGAGUCGCGCAGCAGAGUUGGCCGGCGCACGUCUCCAGGAGCGGAGCAGCGGGGGCAGGGUUCGGGUUAAUGAGGAGCUCCUGGGGGUCUCACUUCAAAGAAACGUGCAGCUUGGGGGACACGCGGUGAGGGAGGGCGAUAGGAGCCACCGGGGGCCCAGAACCGGUGGCAAAAUUGCGUUAACGGCGGGAGUCACGCAAGGAGAACCGCAUGUCCACAGAAAACACUUCGUCUCGGUCCCGCAGCAGUGCAGCGUCGGGGAUUCAAUCGGGUUUGGGGACAAUUCAAACCACGUUUUGUACCGAGCACGGGUAGAACCGCAUACCGGGGCGGGUAAACCACCAGAGGGCCGGGUUACUAGUACUGAUAGUGAUGGGACAGAGCCCAGGGACAGAGGACACUCCCGGCACAUGGCAGGGACAGUAGUGGCUGUGAACGAACGCAACGCCAACUGGAGUUUUGACAACCAAACUUUGGAGACAGACUCGCCAGUUUGCGCGGCACUUGCGCACCCGAACUGUGCGCCAAGAAACACGGAAGAGAACAUUUUAAUCAGAAACGUUGAGACUUACGGGCCCGAGUACGCAGGGGACAUUAGAGGGACUGCGGGCACUCUGCAGAGCCCGACGUUUUUCCCCACAGAGUUAGAAAUAUGCGACAUAAACAUGGCAUCCCUGUGCGCCACAGAGGGCUCACUCGGAUACACUUUAGAUAGCGAAGAUGAGGAUUAUUAUGACAAUGAGAUUCUGCCUUUUUAUGAAACUGUGAGGGCAAAAAGUGAUGGCCACAGAGCAGAGGUUGCAGAGGUUGCAGAGCUGCCGCAGCCCUGUCAGGAUAAGGGUCAGCUGGAUGACAGUAACAGUGCCCAGGAAACAGACAGGCUUAGGAACCAGCUGAAAGAAGCCUAUUAUCUUCUAAUCAACGCUAUGAAUGAUAUCAACCUGGAUGUCCAGCAGAUUAGCGGUGGUUUAACUGAGCAGCAGGCCACCUCCUCCUGUAGUAGCCACUCCAGGGAUAGCCUGUGCUCCAGGUUGUCUGCCAAAAACAUGGACAGUGACUCCUGGUCCUCAGGGGGCGACCACAGCCCUCAGCAGGUGUCUGACACUGACUCACUCCUGCUUUGCCUCAGUGGAAACCUUGAGUCAUGCCUCAAAGGUAGACUUAACAGUAAGAGUAUGGUGAACCUCUCCUUGACCAACAAAAGACCCACGUUACUGCGCUCUGCUAGUGACGGAGCUUUCAGGUAUCCAGGUGGACCCUCGCACUCUGUUCAGGCCCCUGGAACGCAGGGUCCGGUAGUCAGUGGUGAAAAAGGGGCCACAGAGACAAAAGAGGCUGAAGCCGCAGGAGUGGGUGAGCUGUCAGAGCCUCGGGCGCUUUACAAUGCCAUCAGCAGUGAUGAGCUGCUACAGGAAGCUGGCGGUGAUGAAGACCGUGGCGGGCAGCUUAACGAGAGCAGCGGCUCAGUCAACAGCCUCACAGGUUCGUCAGACAGCAACGGCGAUGCAUCGACACAUCAGGGUCACGACAACAAGCAGGAGCUGACCGGAGUGCGAGCACAGGGGGCUAACCCUGCCAACAAGGGGCACGGUGUCACUGUCAACAAGAUGCAAGAGUGGAUGCACAAGGGCCGUUUGCUGUCCUCUGAGAUGAAGCAGCGCAUCGAGGGCUCAGCUUUGCCCCGUGGUGGAGGCCAAAGCCAGGACCGCUCCUGUCCUCAGGCUAACCUCGGUGGGUGUAAACCGGGGGUCCAGACAUCCAGCCGAGGGGUUAAAUCUCUCAAGACCAAGUCCCCUACAAUCAAGUCACCACGGCAGCAGCAGCCAGAUUAGCGUCGGUCAGGCCAAAGUGCCUCCUCACCCUCGGAGCGUAGACCCAGCCGAGGAGAAUGACGCCGACGAUGAAGGAGAGAUCUGGUACAACCCGAUCCCCGAGGAUGAGGAACCGGAGACGUCACAGCGACCCUCCGUUCGGUUGUUGGUUCCCCCUCGAGCAGAGCCCCAGAGGAGGCCCAGCAGGGGAGGGGAUGUGGGUCAUGGUGGCAGGAACCCGGGGAGCAGCGGUGGUGCCGGGCCGGAGGCGCUCGGGGAAAGCCUCGGUGGAGGCGGCGGUUCAGGAGAUGGGAGUCAGGGGAAUGCUGUACAUUCCACAGAGGCAAUACAUCUGCACAGACAGAUGCUCGCGUGCAAACCUCAGGAGGAGGGUGGGCCUUCCACCAGCAAAGCCACAGAUGGUCCUGACCUGCCCAAUGCCGUCAGCUCCCCUCCCUCCAGCCCGAACCCGGCCAAGAAGAGCAACUCCAUCAACUGGUCCUUCCCAGACAAGAUCAAGUCCCCACGCACUGUAAGGAAGAUCUCCAUGAAAAUGAAGAAGCUUCCGGAGCUUAGCCGGAAACUCAGCGUCAAGGGGACCCCGAGUAGCAGUAACAGCAACAAUGGAAGUCAGCUAGAGCCUAGAGCCCAUUCUCCCCGAAACAACGGGAGUGGGUCGGAGGUGGCCCCCCACUCCUCAGGCCCUCCAAGAUUAGCUGCAUCUGGGGGUGGGCAGGCCAGCCGGAAUGUGAUCUCACGUUACCACCUGGACAGCAGUGUGUCCACACAGCACAGCUUCAGCAAGAAGAAAAGUAACGGCAGCUCAAAGUCAGCCAGUAAAGGUGGCUACCUCAGUGAUGGUGACUCACCUGAGCUGGUGGCCAAGUCUGGGAAGCACGGCUCUGCGGAGGGGAAGGGAGGGAAAGGCAAGGAGACGGAAGGAGGAGGCGGAAGCUCCAAACUCAAUGGCACAGAGCUGGACAUUGAUGCUUUCAGGCAUUACAGCUUCACAGAGCAGCCCAAGUGCAGCCAGUACAUCUCCGGACUGAUGAGCCUGCACUUUUAUGGUGCUGAGGACCUCAAACCUCCACGCGUUGACUCUCGUGACGUCUAUUGCGCCAUCCAAGUGGACUCAGUUAAUAAAGCACGAACCGCUCUCCUCACAUGUCGAACUACCUUCCUAGAUAUGGACCACACCUUCAAUAUUGAGCUGGAGAACGCCCAGCACCUGAAGCUGGUGGUGUUCAGCUGGGAGCCCACGCCAAGACGCAACCGCGUCUGCUGCCAUGGCACAGUGGUUCUGCCGGCGCUCUUCCGGGUGACACGCUGCCACCAGCUGGCGGUGAAGCUGGAGCCUCGAGGCCUGAUCUACGUCAAGCUGAGCCUGAUGGAGCAGUGGCAAAACUCGCUGGAUGGUGGGCCAGAUGGUGACAGGGAGCCCCAGGUGUUUGGCGUGGAGGCGUGGCGGGUGGUGGAGAGGGAGAAUACAGGACUGGUGGUGCCGCUGCUCAUAAGCAAGUGCAUCAAUGAGAUCGAAAAGAGAGGCUGCCAGGUGGUGGGUCUCUAUCGUCUGUGUGGCUCUGCAGCCGUGAAGAAGGAGCUGCGUGAGGCGUUUGAGAGGGACAGCUACGCCGUGGAGCUGUGUGAAAACACGUAUCCUGACGUUAAUGUCAUCACAGGAGUACUGAAGGAUUACCUGCGAGAGCUGCCCUACCCUCUGAUCACCAAGAACCUCUAUGAGGCAGUAUUGGAGUCCAUGGCCAUGAGGCCUCUGCGGAUAGGAGCGGCGGGCUGCGAGAACGACCAGGCCGACUCUGAGCACACCGUCAGCCUGCUGGACAUCCUGCCAGAGGUGGAGAGGAUGACACUGCGGAGGCUUCUGGAUCACCUAAAGUUGGUAGCGUCCUACCAGGAAGUGAACAAGAUGACGUGUCAGAACCUGGCGGUAUGUUUCGGCCCGGUGCUGCUCAGCCAGCGUCAGGAAGCGUCCUGCCACACCAACCGAGUCUUCAUCGACUCCGAGGAGCUGGCCAGCGCGCUGCACUUCAAAAAACACAUCGAAGUCCUGCACUACCUGCUCCAGCUCUGGCCAGUUGUAGACCUAAAUGGCCACUCCUCCUCACAGUACCAUGCAGCCUCUUUGGCCCCGGCCUCAUCUGACCUGCUGUCAGCUCCACCAUUACGGCGGAGAAAAGAGCGCCCCCAGGUCCUGAACCUCUCUGAAGCGGAGAUGGCGGGUGUUCUGCGGCCCAGACCGGGUCGCCUGGACAGCCCAAGCAACCGCUACGCCGGCGACUGGAGCGGCUGCGGCGAGAGCUACUUCCCUUCUGAAAUUCUGCUGCCUCCCAGCAAAGAGGAGGCGGACUAUGAUGACGUGCCUUCAGAGGAUACAGAGGCAGUUGAGGAGGGGCAGGAGAAGCCUGAUGACGCAGAGGAAGAUGAAGGGCAGAAGGUCACAAGCCCCGCGUCUGAUCCUGCUGAGCCAGAGCAAGCUCAGAGAGAGGAGGUGGUGGAGGAGGAGGAAAAGGAGGAAGAAGAGGAGGAGAACAUUGUAGAGAGUGAUAGUUCAGGAAAUGGGCAGGCAUUAGAGGACAAGGAGGAGGAGAGGGUGUGCGACCACAUCCUACCCCCCUGUCUGCCCAAAGAGCACACCUACCAGGCGUACAUGAAGAUCCAGGACAUCAGCCCCGUGCUGAGCAACAGGGUCAACCUGAGAGACCUGCAGGAGAGCAUCGACACUCUGAUAGGAAACCUGGAGAGAGAGCUCAACAAGAACAAGCUCAACGUCGGAUACUGACUCCUACCACAGUGACACACACACAUAUCCACUCACACACUCAUUAAGCCUGUUGAGGUUUGGGGGAAGACCUUAUUUACCGAUCAAGGUGCUUCAGGAUACAGCCACAGUGUUUCCAUGGAGAUCCUGUCAUGUCACCAUGGCAGCGUGGCGCGGUGCUGCUGUAAAAACCUAAAGGAUGAGAUGAGACGAAAUGUAACAGGGCACUUCUGGCAUUUGUACCUUACCCAUAGACAUUCCGUAAUGUUUUUAUUUUGCUUUUAUUUUGUCGACUGUCUUACUUUAUGUUGUUGUUGUUGGUUUUGUUUCAGUCCGGUUCUGUGUUCCAUGUUGUUAUUGUUGCUUCUCUUCUUAUUAGAAGAACCCAUUGACCCCUCAGGGGUUUAAAAGGUGCCUUAAUUGUGUGAAGGUGGUACGUCAAGAGGAAAAUCCGCUCUGAAAUAAAAUGUCUCCCCUCGUAUGAUCUUGAUACGGUGUUGGCAACCAACACGAUAACCUCUAUGAUGUUAUGAAGAGUUGUUUUUACAUUGAAAAAGGCUACAGUAUAGAAAUACAAAUAGGUACGAAACCACCCUGGGUGCUAUGGGGCACUUCCCAUGCAAGCUUUUAAUCGGUGAUACUGAUGCCGACAUUCGUAGUGUAAGUUACUGAUGAUUGACCAUUUUCAUAGCAGAAAAUCCCAGUGCUUCCAAGUAUUUUUUUGGCAAGCUUCUGAAGCAGCAUUUUAGACAUUGGACACUUCCACAUCGAUACAGUGGUAGGAAAAAAUCUGGGAUGCAUUAGGCCUUUCAAUUAAGAAUUGGUCUCCAACAAAAAUAUGUAAUUAGGUAAUUAAAUAAAAAAAAAAUUAAAAUGUGCUAAGAAAACUAAAGCAUCCUGUCAGUUCUCCAGUUAAGGGAGGCCCUCUAUUACUUUUGGCAGUGGAAGAAAUGUUCCAAUAUUUUAUUGAACCGCAGAACAUUAGUCUCUAAUGCUGAAUGGGAAAACAAAGUUACACAAACCGAGAUCAUAGGAGGAACAUGUGUACGUUCUUUUUGAGGGUGGAUUUCCUUUUUAAGGCAGCAGAGAGCUUUUCUAUUGAGGUAUGAAACACUAAAUGUUGUACAACAAUAAUGCACUUAUGAGGCAGGCAGUAGAUUUGGUCAUGUAU